UCGCACGAUAAAUACCAUGGUAACAAAACCGGAGCCCACUCCCAAGCUUUUAAAAUGACGAUACGCACCGGAGCUCAUCGUCAGUUCAUCUCUCCAAAUCGUACCAAAUUCAUCAAACAAUGGCUCCCAUCGUUGGCAAGAAGGCUCCUGCAUUCAAGGGCGUUGCUGUCUCUAACGGCGAGUUCAAGGACAUAUCUUUGGAUCAGUUCAAGGGAAAAUAUGUCGUCCUGUUCUUCUACCCCAUGGACUUCACCUUCGUGUGCCCUACAGAAAUCAUUGCUUUCAGCGACCGCGUGGAGGAAUUCCGCAAGCUGAACGCCGAGGUCAUUGCUGCCUCCACCGACACAAAGUUCUCCCACCUUGCCUGGACCCAGCAGUCACGCAAGGAAGGUGGCCUUGGUCAGAUGAACAUCCCAAUCUUGGCGGACCCUACCAAGAAGAUUGCCACCGACUACGGUGUCCUCAUUGAAGAAGGAGAAGAUGCUGGUGUAGCCCUUCGUGGCACGUUCAUUAUUGACCCUGAGCAGAACCUCCGUAUCGCUCACAUUAACGAUCUGCCUAUUGGACGUAAUGUCAGUGAAUACGUCCGCCUCAUUGAGGCUCUUCGCUUCAACGCUGAGCACGGAGAAGUGUGCCCUGCUCAGUGGACCCCUGGUGGCAAGACUAUCAAGCCUGAUCCCAAGGCCUCCAAGGAGUACUUCGGCAAGGUAUGAGAAGAUCUCAGAAAACGGAACCCUCAAGCGUGGGCGAGACCAGCCAGACGGGGAUGACACGAGAAAGAGGAGCAAGAACUGAUUCUCUAGCUGUUUAAGCCCUAUUUUAUUGUAUACGUCAGAUCAUAUUCGUAAAACAAAAUGAUAUUCUCAUGUGCAGAGCAUGUAGUACCAUCAAUGUCAGCAUUC